UAGAUCAGGAAACGUCUUAGCCUUCUUUUGGCGGGAGAAAAUUAACAAGAGUUUUCCUGUCUGGGAAAAUUCUCUGUUGUUUUCUCCUUUGUUUGUUAAACGCGGCGGCGAGAGAGAGGGGAGAGAAGCGUCGUCGUUUCGUUUCUUUCCAUUCCGUUCCGUUCUCUCCCUUCUCUCCUCUAGCUUUCUUUCUCCUUUCUCUUUCCAUUCUCUCCAUUCAAGACGGUUCAGAAAGGUAAUCGUUUUGGGAUCGGAAAAGAGGGAGAAAGAAAGGAUUCGGUUGGGUCGAAGAUGGAUGUGGUGCGUCGUUUCAAGAGCAUUGCUUCCAGUGGCUCUUCGGCUUCAGAUCCCGGAGGGGAUCCUGCCAUAAGGAAGGGCAAGGAUGAACAAGGAGUUGAUCAGCCGGUCUCCGGGGAGCCUGUAUUGGAAGAACAGGAUAAUACAGCUUCUACAUCCAAUGUUGCUAGACCCGAAAAAUCUGGAGAUAAUAAUGAACAGGACAACAAUAAGGAUAUGGAGCCUUCUGUUGUUAGUGGUAAAGGAACAGAACCAGGUCAGAUCAUUGUAACUACUGUGGGUGGUUCUAAUGGACAACCGAAACGGAAGUUGUCUUACAUGGCAGAGCGGGCAGUGGGUUCUGGUUCUUUCGGAGUUGUUUUUCAGGCGAAGUGCCUUGAAACUGGCGAAACAGUUGCGAUAAAGAAGGUGCUACAGGACAAGAGGUACAAGAAUAGGGAGCUCCAGAUCAUGCGCAUGUUUGAUCAUCCUAAUGUUGUUCAGAAGAAGCAUAGCUUCUAUUCGACAACCGAUAAGAAUGAAGUUUACCUUAACCUUGUUAUGGAGUAUGUUCCUGAAACUGUCUACAGAGUUUCUAGGCACUAUAGCAGAAUGAACCAUCACAUGCCCACUCUAUAUGUGCAACUAUAUAUAUACCAGAUUUGUCGAGCUCUAAGUUAUAUACACAAUGUUAUCGGUGUGUGUCACCGUGAUAUCAAACCACAGAAUCUAUUGGUUAAUCCUCAGACUCACCAGCUAAAGGUUUGUGAUUUUGGAAGUGCAAAGAUGUUGGUGCCCGGUGAGCCAAAUAUUUCAUACAUUUGCUCGCGCUACUAUAGGGCUCCAGAAUUGAUCUUUGGAGCUACGGAUUAUACAACUUCAAUUGACAUGUGGUCUGUUGGUUGUGUUAUGGCUGAGUUACUUCUUGGACAGCCCAUAUUUCCUGGUGAAAGCAGCGUCGAUCUGCUGGUAGAAAUCAUUAAGGUUCUGGGCACACCGAGUAGGGAGGAGAUUAAAUGCAUGAACCCAAACUACAAAGAGUUCAAGUUUCCACAAGUUAAAGCUCAUCCUUGGCACAAGGUGUUUCAGAAAAGAAUGUCCCCCGAGGCACUGGAUCUUGUGUCGAGGAUGCUUCAGUACUCACCCACGACUCGUUGUACUGCUUUGGAAGCCUGUGCACAUCCUUUCUUCGAUUCUCUGAGGGAGCCAAAUGCCUGCUUGCCAAAUGGAAAACCUUUGCCUCCUCUCUUCAACUACAGUCCCCAAGAGCUCGCUGGGGCAUCUGCUGAUCUGCGGAACCGCCUUAUUCCUGAACACCUCAGGAAAUGAAGAUGUUCAAACGGGCGGUUCAUGUAGGCUGCAUAGAUGCGUCUUCGACUGAAGUUUCCUAGGUUACUUGUGACAAAAAAAAAAGAGGAUGAGAAGUGCUUUCCUAGAUGUCCUGCCUGCAAGAUUCUCAUCAAGGGAUUCCUGUGUUACUGGCAUUAUCAACAUUAUUGAUUAUUGAUCCAGUGAAGAAGAAGAAGAAGAAGACAUGACAUUGAAGAAAAGCUGCAACAGAACUAGAUUCUUCAGGUUUGCUUGGCAAACAGAUUCCUCUGUACUGUGUUAUAUUAACAUAGGAAUCCCAAGCAUUCUUAAAAUCAGUGUUUUGCUGCUGCAAUAUGUGCUGGAGUUGAAAGUGUCAAGAUUGGCAUAGGUUUUACCUUAUUGUCUCCUCCUCACUAUCCUUAUAGGAUUCCCAUUUUUUUUAAUCCAAUUCUCUCAAUGGUUAAAUCGGUGAAAUAUGAUUCUUGUACAAAAAAAAUUACGAGUCUAAUUUUUAUCAAGAUUCUCUCAGUUGAGCCCAUCGCACAAUGAACUUUCCUCUCAUUCAAAAAUAGUCGAAGUAUGUAGGAAGUUCUGUACUGUA